CCGACACCCUGUUCCUGACGCCGUGCGUUGCAACACCGACAGCUUGGCUAAAAAGCCGUUAGCCGUCGGCCUUCGUCACAAUGGAAUGUCACUGUCGUGGGCGGCGAGCAGUUGCGGGGCCGGCAGAAUCGCCCGAAUGCUCCUCAUGAGCCAUUUGAACCAGUCUGAUCUAUGGUCACCCAAGUGGCUGUCGGCUGUUUCGGCUUUCUCUCAUAUUUACUCUCGCCCUCACUUACAAAACCACCACAUUCGCCCGCCUUUUUCGCCAUAACCACUCCGUUCAUUGGGCCCCAAAUGCCCCUGUCAAUCAGUCAAUCAGCACUCUCGUCAACACCAUCGAACAAACUGCAGCCGCCGAUCCUGCCACACCAUCAUCGGGCUCCCCCUUCCUCUUCAUUGGGUUGCCAUGCACCCGCGACACCUCUCUAGCCGCACGGCAUAAUCCCCGCCCGCCGUCUUGGCCGUGGUCGUAGCCGUGGUCUUAAAACUGACGAUCAUCCGCCUGCCGCCAGGUGCUUAGAUAAAUCCAACUGCUCAGAGCGCGACACGACAGCAGGUGGCAAUUGUCACUGCCGAACACAACCCGCUAUUUGGCUCAAGCCUCAAAGUCCGGUCCCUAGAGGCUUCAUCUGAUCUCGGGGGGGGGGGGGGGGAGGCCCCGGCCGGGUGUUCUCAAGAUCACAUCUGGAAUUGUGUGUCGGCUGUCUCGGUACCAGGAUCGCUUGUUCAUGCCAAAUGCUAGUGAGCACCAAUGUUGCCUGCAGUCGCGCGGUUGGCUAAAAUGGCCCUGCGGUUGUUCAGUAACCGCCUGCAUUACCAUUUUCUCGACGACCAAAAGUCUGCAGAGCUCCUGUAGCCGCCAAGUGCGUGGCUCAGCGCGUCAGUCACCACGCAAAUGCUCAGCCACCUGCCAGCGAAGACCUUCACGACGGGGGCCAUUUCUAUUCUAGUACUCUGGACUUUUUCUUCUUCUCCCUCUUCUUCAUCUUGUCCUACUUUUCUGUAUUCUUCACUCUGUACACCGGACCGUAAUCUGUGCACAGUUAUCCGUUACGCUCUUCAGGUAACAACUGCGAUUAACGAAUCAAACUCAUCAGGCGUUGGCCGCCGUUGCCCAGUUGGCUCCAACUCUUGCUGACAAAUGCGAUCCGA